AUGAGUGAGGGAAAGACCAUGCAUUUAGAACAGGGAUGGGAGUUCAUGCAGAAGGGGAUCAUAAAGCUGAAGAACAUUCUAGAAGGGCUGCCCGAGCCACAUUUCAGCUCUGAGGACUACAUGAUGCUCUACACGACCAUCUAUGACAUGUGUACUCAGGAGCCUCCUCAUAAUUACUCCCAACAGCUUUAUGACAAGUACCGGGAGUCAUUUGAAGAUUACAUAACUUCAGUGGUAUUGCCAUCUAUAAGGGAGAAGCAUGGUGAAACUUUUUUGAGAGAGUUUCAAAAAAGGUGGGCAAAUCACAAAGUUAUGGUGAGGUGGCUUUCUCAUUUCUUCCAUUAUCUUGAUAGAUAUUUUAUCACAUGGAGGUCACUUCCUCCCCUCAAUGGAGUUGGACUUACAUGCUUCCGUGAUCAGGUCUACCAGGAAUUAAAUGGAAAAGUAAGAGACGCUGUUAUUUGUCUGAUUGGUCAAGAACGUGAGGGAAAGCAGAUUGACCGAGUUCUAUUGAAGAAUGUUUUAGAUAUAUUUGUUGAGAUUGGAAUGGGGCAAAUGGAUCUGUAUGAAAAUGACUUUGAAGCAGCUAUGCUUAAAGAAACUGCUGCUUAUUAUUAUUUGGAAGCUAAUAACUGGAUUUCACAAGAUUCUUGUCCAGAUUAUACACAGAAAGGCGAGGACUGCUUGAAACAAGAGAAAGAUAGGGUUUCUCAUUACUUGCAUCCAAGUAGUGAGCCAAAGCUACUGCAGAAAGUUCGACGUGAGUUGUUGUCUGUGUAUGCAACCAAACUGCUUCGCAAAGAUGUCUCUAUACGGCCCCUUGCGUUGCUUAGAGGUGACAAGGUGGGAGAUUUGUCAAGAAUGUCCAGGCUCUUUUCUAAAGUAUCUCGAGGCUUAGAUCCCGUUUCCAGCAUAUAUAAGCAGGCGGAGAAGAAGGAUGUGGUUGGUUUGCAGGAGCAGGUUCUUGUUAGAAAAGUGAUUGAGCUGCAUGACAAGUACCUUGCAUAUGUGAAUGAUUGUUUCCAAAACCAUACCAUUUAUAACCAGGCACUCAAGGAGGCUUUUGGGGUAUUCUGGAUGGAUGGUGUUGCAGGAAGGCCAAGUGCAAAACUACUUGCUACUUUCUUUCAUAACAUUCUUAAGAAAGGUGGAAGCAAGAAAUUGAGUGAUGAAGCUGUUGAAGAAACACUUGGAAAGGCAGUGAAGUUGCUUGCUUAUAAUAGCGACAAAGAUCAUGUCGCUCAGUUCAUAGAACUCUACAGAAAGAAGCUUGCUCGAAGACUUCUUUUUCACAAUACUGCAAAUGAUGACCAUGAGAGGAGUACUUUGGAAAAGCUUACGCAGCAGUGUGGUCAUCAAUUAACCUAUAAGAUGGAGGGAAUGGUCAGAGAUUUAAGAUUGGUAGGGGAAUAUCAUACCAGAUUCGAGGAGUAUCUAAGCAAUAAUCCACACACAAAUCGGGAGAUUGACUUUACUGUUACUGUUCUGAAUUCUAACUCAUGGCCAGAUUACAAGUCUUUUGUCCUCAAGCUUCCCCCAGAGAUGGAAAAUUGUGUUAGUAAUUUCAACGAAUUUUAUGGGACGGAAGAUGAGAGGAAAAGGUUGAGAUGGAUACACCCAUUGGGUGUAUGUCAUAUUACUGGAAAUUUUGAACCCAGAGCUAUUGAGCUUAUUGUGAGCACGGUUCAGGCUUCGGUCCUCUUACUUUUCAAUUCCUCAGAUAGGUUGAGUUAUUUAGACAUAAAGAGUGAAUUGAACUUGACCGAUGAUGACGUUGUUCAACUACUCCACUCCCUAUCAGGCGCCAAGUAUAAGAUUCUGAACAAGGAGCCGAACACAACAAAUAUAUCUCCUACUGAUUACUUUGAGUUCAACUCAAAGUUCACUGACAUAAAUAGUAGGAUCAAGAUUCCUCUUGUUAAGAACAAAGCAGUUGAUGAGAUAAAAGAUGUUGUCUGCGAUAGACGGUAUGAAAUUGAUGCCGCUAUUGUGCGCAUCAUGAAGAGCCGUAAGUCUUUACGUCACCUGGACCUGCUGGCCAAGUUAGAUGCUCAGUUGGAUGGCAAGUUCAAGCCUGAUAGGACGCUUGUAAAGAUCCGCAUUGAAUCUCUAAUCGAAAGAGGAUAUAUUGAAAGAGACAAACAAGAGGGUUUAUACCUUAAUGUGGCAGCCACUGAACAUGGCAUUACUGGUGUUGCUCUAAUUGGGAGUCUUAAACAGUCUGUUGGUCCUGCAACACUGGGCCGUCCUGUUUGGUAUGAAGGAAGAAGAGAAGUUCACAUACCCCCUUCUUCUAUCAACAGUUGUUUGAAAGCAUUUGAGUACCCCUUCCUUGUUUUCGUUGAAAAGGUCCAAAGAUUUUAG